GAAUUUGUCAAAUGCGUGACACAGAUUCAUGGGUUUACAAAAUAUGACGAUGUUGCGAGUGUAAAGGAGGAUUUUGAUCAAAUUGUCAAAGAUUAUAGUAAGUGUGUGAAAGAACUGAAUCCGAAUUACUCAAAGAUACUAAGCCCUGUUGGACAAGAAUAUUUGAAGGAUGACGAAAUUGAGGAUGUAAUAAAAGAUAAAAAAUUAAACCAUGGUUGGAUUAUUUUCGACCGCGGAAUGAAGUCAAUAUACAAAUUUGAACAUCAAUUCAAAAUUAAUUUUAAUCCUAUAAAUCGAAAUACUGGAAUAUUCAAUAUAAAUUUAAUGCCUAUUAAAACACCGAUGGACACUUUAUUAAAAUAUAAUAUCAAACCAUCUGCAAUUACCUCUGAACAUUUCCAACUUAUUUCAGGUCAAUUGGUUAAUGACUCUGCAAAUAAAGUCUAUCUCGAAAUACAGUAUCCACUAUUGGAAUUAGUUUUUGAGAAGGAAAAUAUAAAACUACCUGAAAUUUUGAUUGAAGACAUUAACAAUGCUUUGAAAGAUAAUGAUCCUUAUCACAAAUUAAUGCAAAUUUUCGAUGAUUAUGGUCACUUUGUUCCAAGAAAAGUUAUUCUCGGGCAUAAAUUAUAUAGAAUGUCACACCUAAAAAGAAAUAAAACUUUGUUAGAGAAGAAAAAAAUCGUAACGCGUGAAUAUUUUGAAACAAGCGAGUUUAAUGAAUUUUGGAAUGAGUGGAAUAAUUCAAUUAUGCAUUAUUGCUUUGAUGAAGUGCAUUUGUCAUCAAUGAGUUCAGAGAAAUUUGACCGAAAUGAAAUAACAAAAUGGGCAUCUUUUCUAAGCGAUAAUAACUUACAAGUCAUCUGUUGGGAUGAACUACAUUCUUUAUAUGAGUUAUUAGAUAAUAAUUUAAAGCAAAAGGUCAAGUCAAUUUUUGGAAUUAAUGACCAAACAGGAAACAUAAGUGUUAAAAAAGAAAAGAUACUUAUGACAGGUGUAAUUCCAAUUACAAAUUCUCCUUACUACCUUGUAAACCUUCCUGAUAAUUUAAGCUCUGAUAAUUAUCAGAUUUUUGGAAGGCUUGUAACACAAGAUGGGAAAUUAAUUGACGCAGUUAUAAAGUUCAAAGCUAUGACUGCACAUAAUUUCUUAGUGUUGAUUGAUAUCGACAAAACUAUGGAUAUCUCUAUAAUUGCAUCAGGUAGUCAUAAAUUUGCGUAUGCAAAAAAGUUUGAUAUCGAUAUUCCAUUUUUACUACCAGAAAAUUUGCCAACAAACUGGAUUUUUUGUGCCUCUUUCCAAUAUCUAAAGGAUUGUGGACCGAAUUUUCAUGCUGCUAUUCAGUAUGAUAAAGUCAAUAAUAAAUUUAUUAUAACCAUUUAUGAUGAUUCCAACAUGUAUGAUACGUCAACUGAAGAAUAUUUGCUCAAUUGGUGCAUUUUUCCUAAAGAUCACAAAAUUUUAGUAGAUAACCUUAAAAGCCGUGAAAUCUUAGGUGGUAAAAAUCAAGAGAUAUCAGCUGAUAAUCAUCUGGAAAAAAGAUUUAAUUUAA